AUGGACUUAGUUUCACCAGAUGGCGUCAGUUCGCUGAUAGAAAGUGCCAACUUUGACUCGUUGUCGUGCACACUUCCUGGAAUCUGCGGGUUGGAUUCUCUCCGAUGGGAAAUGCUCGACAAUGGCGAUCUACCCCUGCCUAUUGAAUCGUGGCAAACAUUGCGACAAGACGGAUUACAUGACCCUGAGAUAACCUUCACAGCGACGGAUGCCUAUGUGUCUCCUGUGUCAUUCUCCCAGUCUUGCACAUGUGAUGAGGAGGUCUCAACAAUCGUUCGGACACUGAGCCGAGCUGAAAUAUCACACAAUGUCAUUCAAACACUUCGCACCGGGGUAUCUCUUGCAGAGAGGCUAUUGACUUGUUCUGCCUGCUACGACACAUCAAAACCUCCUCGAGUAACGGUACAGAAUGUACUACUCAUUGGACACCUCCUGUUCGAGAUAACGGCCAGUUACCAGAAAUACGUUCGCUGGCUGAACAAACACUGUUCCGAGCUUGAUGAUAAGAACGAGAGUGAAACCGUCUACCUCGACUCUGGCUUGGGGAUUCCCUCCGGGUUGGGUUUACAUAUCAGCGGCGAGAAUUUUCGCGAUAUCGUCAUGCAAGGACUCCAAUCCGAUUCUCAAAAUCUGGUUGUACUGGGAAAGAGCUUUGAACAGCGACAACGUAACCGCCAUAUGGCCGGCCACGAAGCUUGUCCCAACCCUGAGGGGCGAUGUCGCAGGAAGGAACUUGGCGAUAGUCAUGACCCGCUUGAUAUUUGUCCACAUGAUCCUAUCGGGCGGAAGUUGGUGCCUUGUUUCCGCAUUGUUGACGAGGUUCAAGAGAUGAUCAACCAAGUCGCAGAUGCCGUUCAAUGA